AUGCAGACAAAGCACUUGGCAGAGCCAGUUGUGGGUUCCAUCCCCGGCUGGGGCGUGCAGGAGGCAGCCGAUCCCUUUCUCUCUCUAACAAUAGGUUCAAUUAGGAAAGGGAUCCCAAGAACAAGCUGCGCCCUUCAGAGUCGUUUGAGUGCCCUUUUGGGGGAGCUAGACAGUGCAGGCUGUGCCGCCUCCUCCCUCCUGUGGCUGCAGACCUUCCUGUCACAAGUGAGAGCGUCGAGGAAGUCGUGUGGUUUCAGAUCCCCUUCCUUGAGGAAAGGCCUCACGCCACCCCCGCAGGGACUGCACCCCAACCCAGCACCACAGGGCUCACUGUCUAUCGGUCUCCACAUCUUCCCGGGGAAGUACCCGGACGACCAGGAGCUGCGCUGGACCCUGACGGCGCCCCCGGGCUACCGCCUGCGCCUCUACUUCACCCACUUCCACCUGGAGCUCUCCUACCGCUGCGAGUACGACUUCGUCAAGCUGAGCUCGGGGACCGAGGUGCUGGCCACGCUGUGCGGCUGGGAGAGCACGGACACGGAGCAGGCCCCGGGGAACACCACCUUCUACUCGCCCGGCCCCAGCCUGAACGUCACCUUCCGCUCCGACUACUCCAACGAGAAGGCGUUCACGGGCUUCGAGGCCUUCUACGCAGCAGAGGGUGAGGGAGAGGCCGGGCUCGCUGACCCCUGGGUCCCCCUGGCAGGCCAGGCCUCCCUCCAGGCUCCCAGCCCCCGAGGCUGGACUCCUGGCAAACCAGCAGGCGAGGAGCCCUCCUUCCUCUGACACCAUCUGCCAUGCAGAUGUGAGUGACAGCCCGACCUCCCCUCGGACCCAGGACCCAGCCCCCCUCUGUGCCAGGCGCUGAGAUGGG